AUGGUCAACAUUCAUCAUCCAAAAGAACAUUUCAAGAUCUAUCUUGAGACACAAGGAACCAUCUUCCCAGCUCCCAACUUCAAUGGCAUUGCUGAUGCCCAAAUGCUUGGAGAAGCACUUCAACAAUUUGACUGUGACAAAGAUAUGCUGAUCAACAUUCUCACUCAACGUUGUAAUGCACAAAGGCUGAUGAUUGCAGAGGCAUACCAGGACAUAUAUGGCCGGAACCUGAUCGAUGACCUGAAGGAGAAACUUUCAAAUCAUUUCAAACAGGUUAUGGUUGGCCUCAUGUACUCACCACCAUUUUAUGAUGCUCAUGAACUCUGGCAUGCCGUGAAGGGAGUAGGCACUGAAGAAAAUUGCCUCAUUGAUAUAUUAGCAUCAAGAACAAAUGGAGAAAUUUUCCAGAUACGAGAAGCCUACAGUUUGCAAUACAGCAGUGACCUUCAAGAGGAUAUUUACUCAGAGACCUCAGGACACUUCAGAGACACUCUUAUGAACUUGGCUCAGGGAACCAGAGAGGAAGGAAAUACAGACCUCGCUAUGGCUGUUCAGGAUGCAACGGUCCUAUGGGAAGCCUGCCAGAGAAACACAGGAGAACACAAAAGCAUUCUGCAAAUGAUCCUGUGCAACAAGAGUUGCCAACAGCUGUGUCUGGUUUUUCAGGCAUUUCAAGAUAUUUCUGGGCAAGACAUAGUAGACAACAUAAAUGAAUGUUAUGAUGGAUACCUUCAGCAGCUUCUAGUUGCCAUUGUUCUCUGCAUUCAAGACAAACCAGCCUACUUCGCUUACAGAUUAUAUAGUGCAAUCCAUGAUUUUGGUUUCCAUAAUAAAACAAUAAUCCGGAUUCUAAUUGCCAGAAGUGAAAUAGACCUGAUGACCAUAAGAAAACGAUACAAAGAGAGAUAUGGAAAAUCCCUAUUUCAUGAUAUCAAAAAUUUUGCUUCAGGACACUAUGAGAAAGCACUGCUGGCCAUCUGCACUGGAGAUAAUGAGGAUUACUAA